UCUCUCGCUCUCUCUCUCUCUCUCGCUCUCUCUCUCUCUCUGUGCGUACAGGUAAGCCGGGAAGCAUUUCCUGUGAGUUAGACUACCUGAGUGAAUCAACCUCAAACUUAUCAGUGUUUGGUUAUGUAUGUGAAGUUUAACUGCGGAUGUGUGGGGUAGAGACAUAGAAACGGUCAUAGAGCAAACACUCAGAGGAGCGGGACACACCUACCCACGCUUGUUCAGAGAGUAAGUUAGAAAAAAAUGAGUACCGGGACUUCGUUGCACAGUUCACCGAAGCAGUCACGGAAAAGUAAGAAGAAACAGCUGCUGAAACAGGAGACUCAAAGAUGGAUACCUGUGCAGACCUGCAGCCAUCCAGUUACAAGCCAGUCAAAGACGGUGUGGAAAGUUCAACUACCUUCAGCUUCUUCCGGUCAUGAAUAUUCCACCAUCGGCACACACAGAUUUGCCAACAAGGUGGAGGAAACUGUGCAGAAUCACAUGGCUUACUCCAUCCAGGAGGAGGGUGGAGAUGCCAACUGGCAACUGGUAGCAGAAGAAGGUGCGAUGAAGGUAUACAGGAGGGAAGUGGAGGAGAACGGCAUCGUCCUGGAUCCCCUCAAAGCGACACAUGCUGUGAAGGGGGUAACUGGACAUGAGGUCUGCCACUACUUCUGGGACACUGCAGUCCGAUUGGACUGGGAGACCACGGUUGAAAAUUUCCACGUUGUGGAAAAGCUCUCUGAUAAUGCUGUCAUUGUCUACCAGACGCACAAGACAGUGUGGCCUGUCGCUCAGAGAGAUGUGCUCUUUCUGUCAGUCAUCAAGACGAUUCCACCGAGAAAUGAAAACGAACCCGACACAUGGAUCGUCUGCAACAUCUCUGUGGAGCAUGAUGAUGUACCUCUAACAAACCGGUGUGUUCGUGCCAAACUUAAUGUUGCAAUGAUCUGCCAAACGCUGGUGAGUCCACCAGAGGGCGACAAAGAGAUCAGCAGAGACAACAUCUUGUGUAGGGUCAGCUAUGUUGCCAAUGUGAACCCGGGAGGCUGGUUUCCAGCAUCAAUCCUCAGACCUGUGGCCAAGAGAGAGUAUCCCAAAUUCCUCAAACGCUUCAGCUCCUACGUCCAGGAGAAAACCGCCGGGAAGCCCAUCCUUUUCUGAAUUCAACGAAGUAACCAGGACCCCAAGCACAACUUGACUGGCAGCUACAUCUUGUAUACUAAUUAUAAUUAAUUAUAUUUGUAUAUUUUUGUUUUAUUGGGUUAAUUUAAUUACCAUGCAUACCAUCUUUGACCUUUUAAGUUUAACUAAGUUCAUGAUUAUUUUUUUUAUUUUUUUUGAAAUUGGAUUGAUUUUAUUGAAGUGAACGAGGUAAGAUCUACAGAAUCUGUAAUUACUCAGAUGCCCCUCGAGCUUUAAAACAAAAGUAGUUGUUUAUGAUCUUUGCUAGAUCAUAUUGGUCAUGGGUGCUUUUGUAUGUAAGCACAAGAGUUUCCUGAGGUGAUUUUUUUUAUUUUGGUAAAUUAUUUCGUGCAUUUCUAUUGAUUAUACAUUUCUUGAUUAGUUGCUCUGAUCAGUAGUAUUACAGCUGCUUUUUCUCCUUUUUUUGCUACUGCUAAACUUCACUAAAAGUCAAUCAAACAAACAAAAAAACCAAAACAGAUAUUUACAGCAAAAGCACCGAUGAGGUGUGAACACUUUCACUUCUUCUGUCCUUCUCGUGAUGACUCUUUGCAGUUUGACGGCCUAAAGCUUUGAAAUCUUUAAUAUUGUUAUAAAGUAGCUUUCAGAGAGCACAGUGGACACGGUGUACUGUACAGAGAAAACUGUAGAUUUCAAAUAAAUUAUCACUUGUGACUCUUAAACACUUGAAUUUAAUGACAGAAACAGUCAGAAGAAA